UUCUUUCUGCUACUAGGAUAUCUGUUCGAUGAUCUAACCCUUCACCACUCUCUUAUAUUUAUAGCCUUCAAAAGGGUUGGUGGAGCAGUGUUUUAGACUGGUGGAAUAGUAAUAGGGUUGGUGAGUUACUGUAGCUAGGUUAGGUGGGGGUUAGGUGGGGGAGGAAGCUGCUGACAUCAACACUCCCCCUCAACAGUGACUUCUCUAUCCAUGAGUCCAAGAAUUCUAACUUCCUUUUCAAUGCUUGGAUUUCCUCUCUCACUGCUUGUUUCCAUUCUUUACUCUUGUAUGCUUCUUUAAAGGUAGAUGGCUCCUUCACAUCUAUCAUAAUGGCCACAUUAGCAUACUUGGGAUUCGGCUUCUUGGGUCUGGUUGAUCUUCGAAGUUGUUUAAUUGGUUCUUCUUUGAUAUUCUCUAUCUGGCUCGAGCACUCCUCUUUUUAUAUUAUCUGAUGAACACCAAUUUUUCAUGGAUUCUUAUCUCGGAGACAUUGGAGAAUGUGGUUCUAUCUUCUCUAAUUGUUGUAGUCCUUCUUCUUGACCUGGCUCCCCCAGCUUCUUCUGCAACUGAUCCUCUAGAUCACUAGAAUCUGGGAGUGCAACUUCUUGUGAAGCCUACCAAGAUGAGGCUUCGUCAAACACAGCAUUCCUUGAUGUGUAGCAUCGUCUGGUUGUGGGAUCACAACAUCUCCAUCAUUUUCUUUUAUUGUCAUACCCCACAAAUAUACAUCUUACAGCCUUUUUAUAGAACUUGCUAUGUAAGUGAUCAAGCAUAAAGACAUAACAUACACAACCAAAAACUCUAAAAUGACUUACGGUUGGGUUAGUAUUCCACAACUUUUGAAAUGGUGACAUGAACUCUAGUUUUGGUUGUGGUAGCCGAUUGAUCACUUGUGCCGCUAUUUUCAUACACUCCACCCAAAAAUGUCCUGGUAUGUUCUUGGCAUGAAGUAUGUUUCUGCAAAGUUCAGCGAGGUGACGAUUUUUUCUUUUGGCUAAGCCAUUCUGCUGUGGAGUAGUUGGGCACAUUAGCUAUUGCUGAAUCUUGUGCUGCUUCAGGUAGUCAUAAAACUUCAUCGAUAUGUACUCUCCCCGGUUGUUUGUGCAUAGGCAACGAAUCUUCUUGCCGAGUUCUCCUUUGACUUCUUCUCGAAAUUGCUUGAAUUUGGAGAGUUCUUCAGACUUUUCCUUCAUAAAAUCAACCAGACAUACCUCAAGUAAUUGUUGAUAAAAGUGAUCAUCUACCACAUCCCACCGAUUGAUUCUUGUUUUACUCGACCAAAUACAUCUGAGUGUACAAGCUCCAAAGGUUCCUUGGCUCUAAACUGUGACUCCUAAUACAGUAAUUGAUGCGCCUUACUGUACUGACAAUCUCCGCAUACGGUCCCUCCACGAAUAUCCAAGUGUGGAAGACCCUUCAACAUUGACUUCUCCAUCAUGAUCUUGAGCUUGUGAUAGCUCACAUGGCCAAGCCGACCAUGCCACAAAUUAGUCGUAUCAUUCUUUUAGCUUUGUCUAUGUAUGCUGAUUCUGCCGACAUUACAUAGAUAUAUUCUACCUUCCAUCUCUCCAUGACAGGUUCUCUUAGUGUCUUCAAUUUUUGAUAGACUUUUACACCUUGUGGCCUAAAUACUACAUAGUUUUCUAAAGCUAUUAAUUGGAAAAUAGAUAGAAGAUUCUUUUUCAUAUUCGGUACAUGGUAUACAUCUUGUACUUUUAUCCAAUUUGGGUAGUAGUGCGGUGUAAAUGCAGUCUUUCCGAUGUGUGUGAUAGGUAAUCUUGAAUUAUUCGCUAUCACAACUUCUCGGCCGCCUUUUUAUUCCUUCAUGUUGACAAGUUUCCCCUUAUCUCCCGUUAUGUGGUUGGAACAGCCAGAAUCAACGAUCCAAUCUUUAUUAUAGCUGAUUUCUACUCGAUUUGAAACCGUUGCAAAUGCGGACUCAGAUUCUUCUACAAUCGAGGUUAGUGACAUACCAACAACCUCGUCUUCGUCGACUAGUACAUCUUCAAUAAUGGCCACGGAUGCUUGGGCAUCCCAUUCUUCUUCAUCAUCUUGACAUCUGCGUGAUGUUUCAGCAUUGCCCUCUGCAGGCCUUCUCUUGUAGCGACAGUCUCUGGCAAAGUGUCCUCUCUUCCCAUAGUUAUAGAAGCUAUUCUCAUAUCUCCUUGCUAUACGAUCACGUUGCUCCUCACGCUGUUGUGUUCUAUCAGUGUAUGGUCGUCCUGGCUACCUCCUUGAACCAACCUUUCCAUACUCAUCUUUCCUCGCGCCUCUUGGUUUUCCUCUCUCAUUGCUUCUAAAGAGUGCUUCAUCUUUGCUUUUUAUUGAAACAUCAGCCAUUUGUUUGGCUAGGGUUUCCUAUGUAGUCAGCAAACUCUCCAACCACUACCACAAAAUAGAUAUAUGGGGACGGUUAUUUGGGGACGGUUCAAAACCGUCUCCUUUGCUUCCUAAGGGAACGGUUGUGUGACGGUUACAAUCGUCACGAAAGAGUCUAAGGCAACAGUUCAAAAUAAAGUGUUGGGCUUGAAUUAGACCUAAAAAAAACUUUGGUAGGCUAAUGGGACGGUUUUAUUAAGGGCUCGCGCGCAAACUUUUUCAAGGAAAUAUAUUUGUUUCUAAGAACCGCUCCUGAUCACCACCCGAUAAAUCUAAAAUUUGUUCACCCGAUAGUUCUAGGGUUUUCUAAAUCUCGUCAACUCCUCUCAGAACCUCGUCCACCGUCCGCCAUUCCUCUCCUCUCAUCGACUCCUCUCAGAACCGCGUCCGCCGUCCGCCACUCCUCUCCUCUCGUCGACUCCUCUCAGAACCGCGUCCGCCGUCCGCCACUCCUCUCGUCGACUCCCUCGUCCGCCGCUCUCGUUUUUCCUCUCGUCGACUCCUCCGUCCGCCGCCGGCCACCUUGACUUCGUCAGUUCGCCGCGCCUCCCAUGUCAGCCACGCCUCUCGUCGCUAUCCCCUCUCUAUCAUCUUGUGAUUUGGGGGCUUUGUUGUUUUGGUUGAUCAUUGAAAGUGGUUGAAAAUUCUACAUCCUUACUGGACAAGGUUAAUCCGCAAAAUUGAAUUGGUGUUUUUCUCAUCAAAUUAAUGGAGGGUUCUCAUCAAAUGGAGGUUAAUUAUAUGAAGCAACUUCAUGCUAAGCUAAAUGAUAAAACUGCACUCCUUAUGCUGAACUACGCCACAUAAGAUAAAGCAUCCGUGUCAACUUAUAUGAUCUGGAGAGAACCUCACAUCUUGAUAUAUGGAAUAGCGUAGUUAGCAAUAUUCUCUUAUAGGAUAAUUCAUAUUCAUUAGGUUUCUUAUAUCUGACUGUUUGGUUUUGCAACAAAAAGGCACACUUUUCUAUCAAAAAAGAAAAAGAAAAAGAAAAAGAUCAUUUGAGUUACCAGGGAAUAUGCAUUCCCUACAAUUCAUCAAGAACUUUCAUGCAUUGUGCACGAAUAUGCGUUCUGAUGUAUCUUUUGUCCUUGGAGUUACCAGGGAACAAACAAAAAUAUGGAAGCGGAAAAAAAUUCUGUGUCAGCCUCUUCAAAACAGAAGAGAUCAUUUGAGGGUGCUUUAGAAGAACUCAAAUCUCAAGAUGAAGCUGAUGAUGCAUGGGAUUUAGUCAAGAAAGAUGAACAUCCUGGACGUGUACGUCUUAGGGGGAGGGGUGUCACUAAAACCAUGCUCCAAAAUAAAAAUAAAAAGAUCAUGGAUUCCUCUGAGCAAGUUCCAGAAUCUGUUGUUCGAAGUAUAUCACAAAAAGUUGAGCAAGAGUUGACAAAAAAGUUUGAAGAGCAGAAGGCAGAUUUGGUUCAUGGUUUCGCCGAGCUCUUGACUGAAACUCUUGGGCAAACAAUUGAUCCGACGGCUAUUGCAAGACUUAUUGCACGCACAAGAUCACCUGAGCAAGGUGGUAGUGCUCGAAAUCAUGAUCAUCCUCGCUCAUCUGCAAGCAGCCAUCAGCCACGAAAUGAGGAAAACAUCUGAAGAUCCAUGUUUGUCGCUCUUUUGGGGAUUUAUUUGUUGUGCAGAUUUAGAACCUAAUCGUCUCAAUAGAGACAUUUUGAUUAAGUAGUAGCUCUUUGUUUUAAUCAUGGAGGAUUUGUGAUAUGUGCUUAAUUUGGUUAGUUUGUGUGUAAAACUUGUGAAGAAUUAUCUCAAUCCUAUUGCUAUAA